UAUAUCGAAAAUUAAAUUGUUGUGCGUGUCUUGUCAUUGCUUUUGGUGACUUUUAUUUUGUUGGUCUAUUUAAGCGUAACGAAAGCAUUUUUCAUGUCUUGCCAAAAAAAAGUUGCCAGCGUUCAGCCCAAUGUAGUAAAAAUUUCCAACAAUCGACCCGCGGCAAUGUCAGCACUUUAACAAGAGCCAAAAAACAAAACAAAAUAAAAAACAAUUUAAAAUAAAAAUAAAGAAAAAAGAUAAAGAUAGCAUAAAACAUACAACUAAAGAGCUCGAGCAGACGGAGCAAAAAAUUAUUAAUUUGUGAUUAUAAACAACGUGUGUUAUAUCGACUGGAUGGGUAAAGUUAUGAUAGUUAAUUCAUUGCCGCCGCCCAAACGAAAGUGCCACGCCCACGCUCGCUGCAAGCAACAAACGAAAAAACAAUUAAAACUUAAGAAAAUCGAAAUCUAUUUUCUGCACAACAAUCUGUGCAAGAGAAAAACUUUAUCGCAUUUUCAAUUAUUGACGCUAAACCUUAAAUCGGAAAGUGAGUGAGAAAAUUCAAGUGAACAUUUGAACAAAUCGAAACUAAACUAAGUAAAAGGAAAAUCGAUUGAACAAAAUAAAUAUUUAUACAUACAUAUAUAAGCUUUCACAGAGCCGCAGUUCGAACCAAGUGCUCAGCCAUGGUUGGUGUUGCCGCCGAUACAGCGCAGGCCGCACAGCUAUCCUCGGCCAAGAAUCCCAUGAUUAAGUACAUGCUAAAGCAGCGCGAGAAUCAUGCACGUGCCCAGGAUGCGGACUAUUCGCAUGUUUUUCGCCGCAAGACACGGCUCGAGCUAUACCGCAUGUCCGCCAUUGCGAUGGCCAUUGAGUUUGCGUACGCGGCCGAGACGAGCUUUGUGUCGCCCAUUCUGCUCCAAAUUGGCAUCGAUCACAAGCACAUGACCAUGGCCUGGGGCCUGUCGCCGCUGAUCGGGUUCUUUGUCUCACCGCUGCUGGGCAGCAUCAGUGAUCGCUGCCAGCUGCGCUGGGGUAGACGCCGGCCCAUCAUCUCGCUGCUGUCGCUGGGCAUACUCUGUGGCCUGAUACUGGUGCCCUAUGGCAAGGAUCUGGGCGUCUGGCUGGGCGAUGUGGGCUACAAUUACACCGAACUGAGUCCGACUUUUGGCAAUGAGAGCGCUGUGGCCGCUUUUCUGUCCGCCGAACCGGAACCCGGCGCAACGGCUGCCAAUUUUAAAUUUGCCGUAAUUCUGACCAUUUUGGGCAUGGUGCUGCUGGACUUUGAUGCGGACACUUGCCAGACGCCGGCGCGCACCUAUUUGCUAGACAUGUGCGUGCCUGAGGAGCAGCCCAAGGCGCUGACCACAUUCACACUAUUCGCGGGCUUUGGCGGCACCAUUGGCUAUGCCAUUGGCGGCAUCGAUUGGGAGACGACACACAUUGGCACAUUUCUGGGCGGCAACAUACCCACGGUCUUUAGCCUGGUGACAAUUAUCUUUGUGAUCUGUUAUCUGGUCACGGUGACCACAUUCCGGGAGAUUCCGCUCAAACUGAUCGAACGCGAUGAGAUGCUGCGUCCCCUGUCCGAGGCGGCCAUCAAGAAGGAGCUGCAGAAGAACAACAAUGCCAUCUACUAUAUACAGGAGAACUCCACGCUGGACCAGCAGCGGGCCAAUGAACUGAAGGCCAACGAGCUGAAGGCCAAUGGCUAUCAGAAUAGCUAUUUGCCGGCGCUUAGCGAUAAGGUGAAGCCGCGCGAUCCGGAGCUUCAGGUGGAGGACCAUACGCCCAUCUCGCUGCGUGGCUAUUUGAAGAGCAUCUUCAUAAUGCCGCACUCGAUGCGUAUGCUGGCCCUUACCAAUCUUUUCUGCUGGAUGGGUCAUGUCACCUAUUGCCUGUACUUUACCGACUUUGUUGGCGAGGCGGUCUUUCAUGGCGAUCCCACGGCGCCGCCCAACUCGGCGCCGCUGCAGCUUUAUGAGGAGGGCGUGCGCUUCGGCUGUUGGGGCAUGUCCAUCUAUGCCUUCUCCUGCUCCAUUUACUCGAUGUCGGUGACCAAGCUGAUGAAGUGGUUUGGCACGAAGUCGGUUUAUAUCAGCGGCAUGAUAUACUAUGGCAUUGGCAUGCUGAUCCUCGGCCUGUGGCCGACCAAGUGGGGCGUACUCGUUUUCAGCACCUCGGCGGGCAUACUCUAUGGCACGCUCUUCACCAUGCCCUUCAUCCUGGUGGCCAACUAUCAUGCCAAGAAUUGUUUCCGCGUGCAUAAUGGCGAGACGGUGCCGCUGAAACAGGCACGUGGCCUGGGCACCGAUGUGGCCAUCAUUAGCAGCAUGGUCUUCAUUGCCCAACUGAUUGUCUCGCUGAGCGUUGGCCCGCUCGUCGCCUGGAUGGAGACCACAUGCGCCAUUUUGUAUGCCUCGACAUUUUUAUCCUUUGCCGCGGCCAUAGCCGCCAUGUUUGUGCUCUAUGUGUAGGCGCCCUUGGGCGGGCAUAUUGAUAGUCCCCCGUUGUUGUUUUUUUUCUUUGGCAGACAAUGCCGCCUCGUUAAUUGCUAGAUGAAAUUAACCGGCGUUGCUGUAUUAAUUUGAUAUUUAUGAUUUUUUGUGCUGUCCUAUCAGCAGCAGCAUCUGCAACUGAUGUACUAUGUACUUACGUACAUCAAGCAUGUCAUACGCACAUCCAUUGUUCGUGUUUCAAUGCGUAUUACAAUUUUUUUGCCCACUUUCAGGCAUUGUUAUAUAUUAACAUAGUAUUUUAAAGCAUGCUUUUGAGCGCGUUUGGUUAUAUUGCAAAAUUAUUUAAAAUUCAGCGGCCUGUUUUUUAGAUUGCGUUUCCGAGCAUACUUUAAGGAAAUGAAAUGAAUUCUUUCUCUGUUUCAAUUCCGUUCAGAUUUCGUGCUCAAAAUUUGAUCAAAAUUGACAUAACAAUAUAUGAAAAAAA